AUGGGAAGCGGCGCCGCAGGAAGGGGGCGGGGCGUUCCCCCGCUCUUCCUUUCCUUGGUUCCCCCCCCACGUGCGCGGGCAUUGUGCCGGGCGGGCGGGCGGCCCCACCGCCUCUUUCGCUUUCCCUUUGCUGUCCCCUCCCGCUCCCAUGGCGGCUUGUCCCGAGUUCCGGGCGGAGGACGAUUUCUUGAAGUACGACUCCACCUGGGAGGACGACGAGGAGGAGGAUGAUGAGGAUGGCGGCGGCGACGGCGACGACGACGAAGGCGGCGAGCCGGAGGGAGCGGAGGCGGCAGCGGCAGCCGACUCGGAGCCGGGGGAUGCGGGGGAGCAGCUGGUCCGGGGCUCCCAGCAGCAGUUCUCAGACAAGCCCAACUGCAACGCGGCAAAAGACUUGCAGAGAUACAGACACCGUUACCCGGAUUUGGCAGAAUCAGAAAAUGAGGAGGAAGAAGAGAUGUGGAACUUGAGCUUUUAUAAAAAUGAGAUUCGUUUUCUGCCCCAGGGUUUGCAUAUUGAAAGUCUGCUUGAAUCUUGGUGGGACAACUAUGAAGUUCUGGAAGAAAACCAUUCUUACAUACAGUGGCUUUUCCCUUUACGCGAACAUGGAAUGAACUGGCGUGCCAAACCGCUCACGUGUCAAGAAAUCCAGGCCUUUAGGAAGUCCCAGGAAGUUAUGCAAAGGUUUAUACGUGCUUAUCAGCUCAUGCUGAGAUUUUACGGCAUCAAUCUGAUCAACGAGGAGACUGGAGAGCUGAAGAGAGCAGAGAAUUGGGCUGAACGAUUUCAAAACCUGAACCGGUUUAGCCACAACAAUUUGCGGAUUACGCGCAUCCUGAAGUGCCUGGGAGAGAUGGGAUAUGAGCACUACCAAGUGCACUUGGUAAAGUUUUUCCUAACAGAAACUCUUGUCAAGGAGACGUUACCGAACGUCAAGAUAAGUGCCUUGAAUUAUUUCCUGUUCACCGUCAGAAGCAAAAGGAAGAGAAGAGAACUAGUCUACUAUGCUUGGCAACACUACAAACCCCGAGACCACUUCGUGUGGGGACCGCACGAAAAACUCUCCAAGUACAGACCUCGCUCCGCCAAGUCACAGCUGCACCAAAAGGCAGGAGAUAAACAGGAACCUUCAGCUAAAAACUGUGAUGAUACUGUGGAAGAGGAUCAGAACCAGCCUCUAGAGGAGGAACAGAAAGCUGGAGAUGCUGCGGGCUUGCAGCCUAAAGUGAACGGUGAAGAUGUAAAAGAGAAGUUAAGUGAAUGCGUUUCGAAGGGAGGGGAUGGUGAAGAGGAGAAAGAGGCUUCAUGUGCCCAGCAAGAGGAGAAGGAUUUAAACAGUGCAACUGAAGAAGUGCAGGAUACAGCAGAGAACGAUUGCGCAAAGGAGAGCAAGAAGAGGAAACUGGAUGCAACUGUGGCAGAUGCUAUGAAGACUGGGCCAUUGAAAAGCCCUACUGAUAUUGAAAAUAUUUCCCGUAAUCUGGGAGAAUGUGCAAUUGAUGCAGAAACCCCCUCCUCAGGUCCACUCAUACAAGCAGAAGAGGAACAGGAACCACUGAAAAAAGACGAUGCAAGCACCAAAACCUCAGCAGUGCUGGAGACCACUGAUGCAGCUGUGAAACGGAGGAAAGUUGAUAAAAGAACAUCGAGAAGCAAAACAUACAACUUGGCCAUAAACCUGAACAUGAGGCCCUCUGCGUCGAGUGCCGAGUUAAAUCCAUCUGUUGUGAAUACUGAGGCUGACAAAGAAAACGUCGGUGAGAAAAACUCAACAGUGGAAGCGACAAGUGAGAAGGGUGGUGGUGAUGCAGAUGGUGGGGCUGUGGGACCCCAGGUUGGUUCCAGGCUCCCCGAGACCAGCAAGGCUUCUCCAACGAGUGAUGGCUUGGAAUUGAGUGGAGAUCAAGAUGCAGCAAGGAGUGAUCAGCACCCCAACAGCACGGAAAAGGGCAAGAGGGAGGGAGAUGGGGCAGAACAGCAUAAAAAGGCAGAAAAUGCAAAUGACAAAGGGCAAGCAGAAGUCACAGGCAAGAAACAAGUUCCAGAGAGUCUUGAGCAGAGUGUGGCACCCACUUGUCCUGAAGAAGACAGCACUGAGGUUGCACCACAAAGACCUGGGAGCCCCGAGCGUGUGGCAGGACCUGAUGAGGAGCAGGUGGCAGCAGAGUGAGCCCCAGCCAGGGGAGGUGAUGCUGCCUGGGCUGCCUGGAGCCACUGUAGUGGUUCAAAUAGCAGAAGUAUAUGGAAAAAUAAACUUCCUUUGGGCUGAUCCAGUCUAGACCCUGACUGACUUUCACCCUUCCACGCUUUUUUAAUCAUCUAUAGUAACUUCACUGAGAUCCAGCCCUUGGUCACCCUAAAGAGGAAAACUCAAUUUUGUCAUCUCCAUGGACAGGCUGUGUCCUGUUCAGUUUUUUAACUGAUGUUCAGGGCUAUCUUGGAGUAACAGGGAUUGUUGCACUUUGCUUUGGUUCUGGUAUGUCUCUUCUUAAAGAGAGGAUGAAAACAAAUCUGUUUCCUUGUGUGAACUAGUCAAAUAUUUAUUUAAUACUAAUUUUUAAUGUAAAGCAGCAUGACCUAAUUUGCCAGGCCUUUCUAUUACCAUGUAAUGUUUCUGUGUUAUUUUGAAAGGCUCUGCCUUCCCAGGAGAUUUACUCCUGGCAAAGAUGCUGUGUGCCUGCUUCCUAGGGCAUAAAUUGUGGCAUUUCCUGAAAGAGAGAUGAGUAUCUGCACUUCACAUCAUGUAAGAGCAUAGCUGCCUCUCCUCCUAUAAAGCAAGUAGGUUUGACUUUACACUGGGCUUAAAUGUGUAGUCAACCGUAUCUUUGACUAGUAUGAACCUUUGUGUAAAGAUACUGGGUUUUAAGGUGCAAAGUGCUGAGUAAUUUGUUCCAUUUAUCCCCCACAGAAGCUGCUUUGUAAACUUCUUAGAAUUCAGAAUAUGAAUUGUUUACUGGUUUCUAAAAGUAAAACCUUCAGACUUUGCAGAAAGCCUAGAGCUUUUCCUCCCCAGGUUUUUCCACCACUUUCAGAUCCUUGAUAGUCUUCCAUGGAUAUCUAUAUCCACUACUGAUUCAAAGGCCUUCCUUCCUCAACUGCCAAAACAGAACAAGUAUUUGUCAUUGCACUUUUUUGGACUCUGCUGUUAAUUUGCAUUUGCCAGAGGACUCUCUUUUCUGCGGCCCCAUUGCGUGAAGUUACGGAUGUCAGAUUUAUUUACAUGUGUCAGAUGCUUCCUAGUUAGGGCAGGAUUGUUUUCCCAUUAACGAUCAGCAUGUCAGGCAGUGGGGACACAUUCGAGUGCAACAUGUCUGGAAACCACUGUGCUUUGUGGGGCAGUUAAUUGAAACUUUAAUUGGAGGGGGUAUGCUUGUCUGAUUCAUUUAUUUACAGCCCUCAAGAAUUUACUUUCAGAGCUUGCCAGGCAUUUGCCUGACCUCCCCGUUAGCUAUUCUGCCCGACUUACACAGUAUUCAACCAAGUCUGAAGGAGCGUUAAACAAUUUAGCACUUUCACUGGUAGAGAUUUACAACAGAGGACCCAUUUCAUGAAGCGGAGGAAACUGUUUCCAACAGCCAGAAGGUCUGGACUUGCUGUUUGCUCAGAUUGUUUGCUUUAUUUUGGGGGUUUUUAGGUGCUGUUUGUUUUGUGUAGGAGAUGGCUGGAGGCUUGGCCGCCUUGACAGAGAGCAGAUGCAGUAGCCUGUGCAAUGUUAAUGUUUUUCCUGUCUCUGCUACAGCUCUGAAACUUCAUCUUUUAAGGAAUUUGAUCAGUGAUUUGCCUUCCCAGACUGAUUCAGCAUGCCACAUACAUGUGUGUGGGAAUAAAAGUCUGCAAGCUUAACAUCUAAUGUUCAUGGUCACACACGUGCUGGAAAAAAGGCUUUAAUGUUUUUAAAAUAUUUUUUUCUUAUGAACAAAUGGAGGUAAAUAGCCAAUGACAAUAGGCUUAAUGGCAGAUAUAAAUACUUGAAGAUGUUGAGUUGAAAAUUCUUUCAUAAAAGAUUCAUAAGAAAUCAUUAAUCUUGGCUUUUGUACAGAUUCAUAGUAAUUUUCUUAAUGAAGUUUUAAUUGUGAAUAUGUGCUCAGUUGGGGCAUAGGUCAUAAAUCUUGUUAUGGUGAUGUGUGGUUUGUUUUUGUGUUAAUGGGAUUUUGCUGUGAGUCUUGGUCUGGAGUGCUCAAACCAAACUGUUCCCCACCACGAUCAGGUGUAGAGUCUGAGCUCUAGGUGUUUGCAGUGAGUUCACAGGAUGUUUUCCAGCACUCAGACCUGUAUUGUGGAGUCACUUAUUAAAGCAUGACUUCAAUGCA